AUGAGUUUCGGGCACCAUCCACCUAAUAAUAAUCUGUAUUACUAUCCCGAGCCAUCACGGCACUCGUCUCGGUCUUCUCACUCUCAGCCCCCACGAACAGUAUAAAACCAAUUCUUGCUCAUCUUCAGUUUGCACCCAUUCUUUUCAGAUAUUCCACGGUCUCGUUGUCGGUAUCGCCCAGGAUUACAGCCAACACUUUCUUGUAUAUUCCAUUGUCUUUCCGGAUCUCGUUCGAGUAAGCAAUACCGUCGGCGACCUAAACAUCGGGCAAUGGCUGAUGUGAGCGACAGACCGCCUGUCUUUCUUACGCAUUUCCACUGAAUUCAGACUCACCGUCUUUGUGAACAACUACCAAGGAGAAUUCGUUCUCGACAGAAGCAACAGUUCUGGUUAUGAAAACCUCGAAACGUUACCCGAUCCGAGAUACACGAGUGCUAGGUUCUUCCCCCAACGGAACGUUCCUUGGAACGGAGAAGUUCUGGUAAGCACUCCUUGUUUUAUUUCGAACCCCCAUUAAACAUUUUCAGGUAACUGCGCGGUUCGAUGUAAAAGCCAACAAUGAAACGGGGAAGUUCGAAUACGUCAGUUUUGACAUUCACUCCGAUCAUUGGGUUGACGAGUACGAUUUGAUCAAGGCAUCCGGCCAUUUCUAUGAAGGACGAAGUUUUAUUAUUGAGGUUGUAGGGAGAAAUAUCUAGUCGACGUCACUUCAUACAAUAUUUCAGGCCCAAGUAUCCCUGGCCGGUUUUAUCGUCGUGCAUGUGCACGAGGAUCCUCAGAAACUGCUUAGCUGCGAUGCCGUUAGUGUGUCAAAAAUGUCAUCUUGCCUAAUCCAAACCUUUUCAGCUGCCUAAUACCAUCAUUCCAUAUGACAUCGCUUUUCUGGAAGAUUCUGGUCUUAUGAAGGUAUUUUUCAUUGUAGUUCCACUAUUUUACCUCGUUUCUUAUGAGAUUAUGACUGGAACCGGAUAUUGUCCUCUGGAAGCUUCAUCGUCGAAAAAUGUGGAAGCCGUGAAUCAGCAUUCAACAAGCUACACGUAAGAUUUUGAGAAAUACUCGAAAUUUUACGUCAAUGUGCUUUUCAGUCCUCUACAAACAACAUUGAAUGAAUUUUCUUCCCGCAGCUCAUCAGGAAUGUUCACAACGAGGUCGAAAUCAGGAGUUACUCUCUCCGAAUCGGAGCCCGAGCUGCGAAACCUAGCAUCCGACGUUAGCGAUGUCACAUUCACCCGCGCCGGCUCAUCAAACUCCAAGCUAUCUCGAAACCCAGCUCCAGAAAAACCGCAAGAGACACAAAAAAAUACAGGGGGAUCGGAAUUCUUGGAUAACGACAUAAAUACUACGAUGGUACUCAAAACAGUGAUUGAGAAAGUAUAAAGUAUUGAGUUCAGGUGACAAUUGGAACACGGAACCAUCCGGCAAGAAACUACAUAAAGAACGUGGCGGAAGGAGCGAUACAGCGGUGUCGUAUGGAAAGAGUGCUGAAUGACGAGGUGGAGUAUCAGAAAGAAGUAGUCAACUAUCAGCUGUUACUAUUCAGACAAGCGUUGCUCUUUGUGUCGUUGUGCAGAAGUGCGAAGAAUGUGCCAUUCUGUUCACUCUCAAAUCGAACGUUCUGAAUGUUCUGGCGAUGGAUUCGUGCCAAGGGUUUGCUUAUUUUCACUUACAAUGAAGUCAAAUUUAUCUUCGUUUAGCCUGACCGGUCCUCUUCAAUUAGGCGAUGUCGUCUUCUUCGAAAUUUCUCCCCGACGGUCUGAUACAAAAGACGAAUUACUUCCGAAGACCACGUACUCGCAUAUUGCAGGUAACAAAUACAUGUUCCCAUGUUCCUCUAAUAAUGUGAUUUCAGUAAGGUUGGCACCGUUCACUCCGAAACGCCAGGAAAACAUUACGCUCUUCAAAGAGUCUGUGCGAACAUUCGGCGGUCUUUUGGAAAUGAAAGUUACCAUCGAGCUAAAUUCUCGUCAGAAUGUUAAUCAGUUUUAUGAUGACGAUGUGACAGUGAACAAGAGCGACGACGAUAGGAAGUACUACUUUUUGACAGCCACAAACGGAGCGCUGGUCUCCAUUCCCACGAAUCGUCUCAUCCACAUGCUCAGCGCCAAUUUUACGGCCAAUUUUAAUCUGUACGCGUGGGCUGUGCAUCGGAAGUCCGUCGGAAACGUUUCGUUGCACAUUGGAGCGAACGGAGAGGCCUAUCAACAUUACACGGAUGGAACCAUUCGGCAUUUGCCGAUUUCGUCGGACCGUUCUUUAAUGCAUGGUACACGUACUCUCAACAUUUUUCACCAAACAAUUUUUUUUUUCAGUGAAAAAAUAA